GAAAAAGCAGACAUUUAAAGUGAUGGGGAAGCUUGUUUCAAGCUGGUACAAAAAUAAAACUUUGCCUGAAUCUCACAUCUUCCCACCAGAAACAAGACCCGGCAACCUUAUUGUUCCCAGAGGCAAAAACAUCCCAGUAAUUGAUCUCAGUGAAGCCGAGGGUCGAAAUCGAACCCGUAUCGUUCAGCAGAUCUUGAAAGCCGGCGAAGAGUAUGGAUUUUUCCAGGUUGUUAACCAUGGAGUUCCUGAAGAUCUGAUCAAAGAAGGCUUUGAAGUGUUGGAGGAGUUCUUUGAGAUGCCUGAUGAGGAUAAGGCCAUCCUUUACUCGGAGGAUCCAACAAAUAGAUGCAGGCUUUCGACGAGCGGUGUAAACUAUGCUCGGGAAAAGGUUCACCUCUGGCGUGACAAUUUGAAACACCCUUGUCAUCCUGAUUUACAAGAUUGCAUCCAACUUUGGCCUCAAAAGCCAAAAAGAUACAGGGAAAAAGUGGCAAAAUUUUCGAUUGAAGCAAAGAAACUGGGUUCAAGGAUCCUGGAGAUUGUUGCUGAAGGGUUGGGGUUAGAACGUGGAUACUUCGGGGAUAAAUUAAGUGAAUCUAUGUUGCUAUCGGUUAACCAUUACCCACCCUGCCCUGACCCGAGUUCGACUCUGCGGAUAUCGAAACAUUGCGACCCUUAUCUCAUAACCAUCCUCCACCAGGGAGGUGUAAACGGGCUCCAAGUCUUCAACAAUGGAGAAUGGAUCGGUGUUGAGCCUUUGCACAAUGCUUUUGUGGUCAACAUUGGCAACCAGUUACAGAUCAUCAGUAACGACAAGCUGAAGAGUGUGGAACAUCGGGUUGUAACGAACUCGAAUCUUGCUCGAACAUCGGCUGCGUUCUUCAUUGCCCCGUCCGGUGAUUGCGUCGUAGAGCCGGCGAAAUCUCUUAUGGGCGACGCUGCAGCUUAUAGAGGUUUCGUGUUCAAAGAUUUCCUGCUUCACUACUUUCCCAACUUCAAAAACAAUCAAGUGGUCAUGGAGCGUUUUAGAUCUUAACCUAGACUAAUACAAGGUUCAUUUUAUAAAUAAGUAGGCCUGAGUCAGAUGCAUCUACUAGAUUUUUAUUUUAAUAGCAUUAUAAAUAUUUAUUUA